CUGGCGCUCACAGUUGCGCCCUGGAUUGUAGCAGAGAGAGCAGCCCUCCUGCAGCCUGUUAGCCCGCCACCAUGGAUGUCAAACUGCUGGCGCUGACGGCUCUGCUGGCCGUGGCCACACAUGUACCAACCUCCAACGCAAAGCCCAUCAGUCUGGUUGAGCGGUGCUGGUGUCGUUCCACCCUCAACACGGUUCCUCAGCGCGCCAUCAAAGAGCUCAAAUUCCUCCACACACCCAACUGCCCCUUCCAAGUCAUUGCCAAGCUGAAGAGCAACAGGGAAGUUUGCAUCAACCCAGAGACCAAGUGGCUGCAGCAGUACUUAAAGAACGCCAUUAACAAGGUGAAGAAAUCUCGAAGACGCAGUAACAAGAAAAACUAAACCCAAGGGAAGACCUGUAUGUCGUCAGGCCUGGCAUCCUCGGGUCUAACCUGUAUACCUCCCUGUCACUGCUAUGGAUGUAUGUAAACAUGCUGUAUGUACCUGUCCACCUCUCUGGACUGCUUGCAGAACCAGCACUUCACCGCCAGACUGUGCCGUCCCCUGCACCGCCACCGAUCCCCCCGGACAACCACGCAGUCACCUCCAACUCUGCAUGUUAACAGCAAGUGCAAUUAUACCUUUGAAUGACAGGACACAUGUAAAUGUCAGAUGUAUGUGUGUGAGCACUGUGCACGAGAGAGUGUGUGUUUGAAUGUGCAACAUAUAAACUAACUCUGAUCGUGUGCCUGGAAAUAGUAUUUUCUCACUUCACACAGCCAGAGAGGAUCAAUAAGAGCUUUCUGUCUCACGCAAAGGGUUUGUGGGUAAUGCCACUUUCAUGUCACAUCAGAAGAAAUAUUCACAUCUGCCUCCUUGGUGGAAUUAUAGUUAAAUGUGCUAAAUGUAGUUUUGCAAGCAGAAGAAAUGCAGAACUCACAAACUACAAAGGUCAGUUCACCCAUGCCACUUUUUUUCACAGUAAUAUCACCACUUAUGCUGCGUUAACGUGGAAUCUGGGAGGCAGUAGAUGGUAAACCAUCAUUUUAGUGGACGAGAGCAUGACG